AUGCUAUUGCGGCCUCUAGACUCAAUGAGAGAGUGCAAGCUGAAGGUCUGGCUCGUGAUCGACACCUGUCGUGAGAAUCGUGGAAUCACGACAUGGACAAAUAACGAGGAAAAAGAGCCGAAACGCUCGCGAUGGCACUCCCCUACAGAUUUUCAGAUCUUGCUGGCAUGUGAUAGGGGUCGGCUGGCUCGUGAUCAGCCAUCUCUAGCAGAUGCUCUGAUACAUGCUAUGCAGGACAGCAGCAAGGACUUGGAGGCCGUGUGCAAGGAGGCACAGGCAGAAGUGGACAUGUUCAGCAGCGGGUCUUUCGUAUACAACAUCAUCAACACAUGUUUGUUAGCAUCUGCAAUGUCUGUUUUCUUUCAGCUGCUUGCCUCGCAGCCAUUGCAGGGCACGCUGCAGCGAGAGUGGGACUGUUUUGGACGUGCGUUCAAUCUGUUGGCAUGGUACUUCCUGCGCAGCUUUCUACCGACAGCAUUUCUGGGAGAGCUGUUCGUCAUGGUCUUCGCCAGGUCGACAGAAUCCACUGAAGAGUUUGUAGAGCAAGAAAACAAGUUUUACCUGGUGUUUCUGAUCCUUGGAGUCCUACUUGCCUGGCUUGGUUUGAAGGUUUCUGCAACUUCGCGCGUGCGAGAUGGCAGUAGAGAGCAUACCAAGCUCCGUAGAAUUGUCUUCCAGCUGUUCAUUGUCAAGCUUGUUUGGUUUCUGUGUAGGGGUUCGCAUUGGGCGUUGAUGUGCUCUCAGCUCCGCCUACUUGCAAGUAAAUACAACUUUUUCAUGGUUGUGAUGGAGCGCCUCUGUGCUUUGCAGACCAUGCUGUUACUGAAGGAAUUCAGCCUUAGGCCUUUGCAUGGCAUGGUCGCCUCGCCGAGUAGACAUUAG